CCUUUAUUGAGCGUGUCCGUGGUGGCGGCGCGACGGCGCCGCGCGCUGCUGCCCGCGCCUCGCAGUUCAAUUGGACGUUGACUCCACCAAUGAGAGUGUUGCGAUAUAAAGGCUGCUUCUCAGCGUCUUGAAUCGUGCACGUUGAUUGCGCAGCUUUGCUAAGUCCGAUCGCGAAAUUAAAACUCAACCAAUCAGAAUUGAGCAAGAUUUAAAGAUGAUAAUUGACCAAUGAAAUAGUACUGUGUCUCUUUCUAGAGAGCAACCAAUACUCAGUUUGUGAUACGAGCUUUAUAUGGCUGAUUUGUCUAUUAUUCAAUUCACGGUUGUCAAAUAAAAUUAGAUCCAAGGUUUUUGGGUAGAGUGUGACACGACGCAAGGUUACCGGUUAAAUGGUCAAGCACUGUCAGUUAGCAGUAUAUUCGGUAUUUGUAAAUAAGCAGAUAUGACGACCAAAACCAUUGAAUUGCAACGUAAACAUUUGAUGGAGGCCUUCCAAUAUGAUUGUCAAACGUUAUUAACACGUUUUGAGUUAACUUACAAUACUCAUUUUCAAAAUUUCUGUGAAAUUUGGAGAGAAAUGCAGUUUUCAUUAAUAUUUGAUUGUCAGCCCUCUAAAUCAGUCUUGAUUGUCUUUUAUAAAAAUGCUCUUCAUGUAACAAAACAAUUUCUGAUAAAUGCAUCUGGCUUAAAAGAACGUAUUGGUGCUCUGUAUCUCAUGUAUAGUGUGUAUUACAUGGUGCGAUCAGAUGAGGCAAAGAUUAGAAUGACUUUGUCAGAUUGGAAAUGUUUGAUGGAUCUGCAUCAGCAAGUUAAGGUGGAAGAAUAUCUUGAUGCUAAUUAUAUUUUGUGCAAACUAAUUGUUGAUUGUGCAUUUAUCCAUUGCAUUAGUGACAAUGAGUAUGGCAUCGAGAAGCAUUUCCACAAGAGCAAGUCAAAGCCUUUGCUGGAUUAUUAUAAUAUAUUACCUGAGAUCAAAGAUCUGGCAGCACCUGGAAAAUUGCUAUCAACAAUCAACAGCUUAAGCAAGUUGUAUGAGGAGAAGAAGCGCACCUUUGUUGGUGAACAAGAUAUCUCCAGUGUGCAACUUUAUGAUGCAAACAUGGCGAAUGAUUUUAUUAACUGCAUUCGUACAAUGCAAGCCGAAACCAGAAUAUUUUCUAAGAAUACUUUUGACGAGAACACCUGUAGUAAUGAACCGAGACCGUCAACGUCUGCAUCGUCAGAGUUAGCGUCAUUAUCAACGUCAGAGUUAGCAUCAACAUCGGCAUCAACAUCAGCAUCAGCAUUAGCAUCAGCAUCAGUAUCAGCAUCAGCAUCAGCAUCAACAUCAGCAUCAGUAUCAGCAUCAGCAUCAGCAUCAGCAUCAUUACUAAUGUCAAUGCCAAUACUAGUAUCGUCAUCAUCAUCGACGGUACCAACUUCAGCAUCUAACAACCAAGAGAAUAAUAAAGUUAAAAAACGCCGAAUACGUCGUCGAAAGAAAUUGAUCCUGGCCAAGAUGGGUCACGCAUUUGAAACAGCGUUAAGAUCGGAAUCUGAAGAAGAAAUGGAGAUAGAAUCUGAUUCAGAUCCUUUACAAGGCGUUUGAAGGAAGCUUAGUGUUGUUUUAGAACAACACAAGGUUACAAUUUAAAAACUGACGGUUAUUGAAAAAGACAAGAUAAGCCGUUAUCUCACAUUGAACUCUUCAAUUUUAUUCAAAGUUAUUGUGCUAUGCAUUGAGAUACGCUUUCUUUGUAUGAAACAUGCAAAUACACAGUGGUGAUCAACGUUAGUUUCCUUAUCUUACA